AGUUCUCAGUAGGUGUCACAGGGUCAAGUGAAUGGAAACAAGAAGAUAUUAGGAAAGAAUAAAUCUGCUUCUUUCAGGUUUCAAACACGUUGAGAACUCCAAAUUUGUAGUUCCUACACUUCAUUUGGAUAGGAUGUUAAAAUGCAAAAAGACUCAGAACACCACAUGGACAGUUCACAGGCACAAAACAAUGUCAGUAGGGGUAACAUUUAAAUAGAUGAGCACUGAAGGGACAGUACAGGGCCUCUACUAUGGUGACAAUUGGACAUGUUGGUCACUACUUCUUCUAAUACAAGAACUACAAGGCACCAAAUACUACUAGUGAAAAACAGGUUCAGGUCAAGCAAAAGCAGGUGACUCCUCACACAAGGCUGGUCUGUGAAAUUACUGAGUAAAGGAUGUGGUAGAUGCCAGCAGUUUACUGUUUAAAAAAACAACUGGACAAAUUCACGGUACAGAACUUUACCAACAGGUGUCAAGUGGGAAAAAAAAUGGAAAAAAAAGCCCAACCAAACAACAGAUCAAAUACACUGACUUACAGUUCUCCAAAUCAUAAAAUUGCUUAGGAAACUAUUCUAAGAGAAUAUCACUAAGAAUUGUUAAAUUCUUCCCCAGAAUUUUCUCUAAUUAAAGACCAAUUUUUCUUGCCAAUGCAAGAAAACAACCUACAAAGACCUUAAACAGUACUCCAUCCAUUCUUGUGCAGACAUCUUUCUUUUCAGCUAACAAAAUCCUUCUAAACAUAAGCAUCAUUUUCAAUGCAAUUGCUCAUAUAUCAAUUUCAUAAUGCUUCAUUCACUCUGUCUUCCCCUUGCCUUCCCUUUCUCUCUUUUCAGAUUAAGGAAAAUCCAGAUGGGGUGCAGGUGCUGCAAAAUGAUACAAAGCUAUAUCUUUGAUCCAGAAGAAGGACAAUCAUCUGGAUGCAUUCAUGAAGUAAACAGCUAUAAACACAAAGAACAAGGCAGCAAUAAAUCCAAAUUCAAAGAGAAUAGUGAAAAUGAAGAACCCAAAAAUGAACUCCAGAAGGACGAGGUAAACAAAACAGAAAAUAAAAAUCCAGUAAACAGUACAACAGAAACUCUCUGGAAUCACAGAGGCAAUGAUUCUCAACAGGAUGGCCCUGUGAAGUGUGCUGCAAAGCUUGAUGUUGCAGUCAAUGGUGGCAACUCCUGUGCUCAGCACUCCAUGCUCAACCCCAACACAAGCCCAGUGAAAGAAACCAGUGAAAAGGGAAACUCCAGCCAGUCAGAGGCUUCUUCAGCCAGCAAUAGGGACUUUUACACCAAAUCAAAUAGGUCUGGACAAGAACCUGACCUAGAGACAGGCAGUCAGAGCAAGGCAGCCAGCAAUGUGCCUAACAGUAUUCCAGACUCCCAGUCUGCAGAAGACAGCAUCUUUCUCAAAGGAAACUCAAUAUUGGAGACAGAAAACAAUGCCAUAAGACUGCCAGAUAUUGAUUAUCCCCAAAAUGGCCAUCAAACUGGGAACUAUGUUGAAAAAGACAGCUUUUCAGUAAACUGUGCACAUUCAGACCAAAACACUGGUGCUUCAGCAAUACAGCAGCAGGACCUUCAUGUAAUCCCACCUUUGCCUGCGAAAGAGAGCAGUAUUGAACCUUUAAAAACUGACUCUGCAAGUUUGAGUGAGAGCUUUACUGGUGGAAUCACUGCAGUGGCUGUUACCAAAGUCGCACAGGCACCCCCACACACCAACCAUAAAGAUGUCAAUGGAGGAAUUGAGGAGGAAGAUGCAGAAGUUGCAGCAGCUCUGGCUGCAUUGGAUGCUGCAACAGCAGGAGAAGACCUGGAAGAUGAUGAUGAUGAGUACUAGAUGGUUUCUUUCUAAUACACUGGGUAAGAUCCAGAUAUUUCUGGAUCAAUAUGAACAUACAUACAGCACACAUGGAGAGCUGUUGUGAACAGCAUAUAUAAAAGGAGUUGGGACUAAACCUCGGUCCCUUCAGCUGUUUUAUGCAGCCUUUUAAUUUCUACUGCCUGAGGUAAAGAAGUGCUUCCUUGACUAAUGGCAAUAGUCUUCUCUAUGGGCCCAAACAGGAGGGCAAAGCAUCAUUUCUUCCACACAGAAUAUUCAGCUGUACACCCACCUCAUCUGGACUCAUGCAAGUGCUUCUUUUUUUUUCCUCAUGAGGGUCUGUGCACGCUGCAUGUUCCAGGUUCACAAAACUCCCAUUAUUUAAAAUAGGACUACUGAAGCCAUGAAGUUAGAAACCACAGAUUUUCAUCAUUCACAGAAAAAAAAUACAAGUGACCCAGAGUUCUAUGAUCUACUGAAACGUGAAAUAGGGAAGGCAGCUUGGACUGAACUUUACCAUGGCUAUGGUUCCAUUAUGGAUUAAGCCUAAAUCUGUGCAUGUGCACCUGGCAUUAGAAUGAUAACAUAAUUUCUCCCCAUACACCUCUCCCUUGACUGUGUUUGAUACCCCAAGUGUUGCUGCUUCAGUUCCUUAAAACAGCAGAAGCUCAGCCAAACCCAAGAGAGUGGGUAACUUUCUGUUGAUUUAAUGUGCUAAAGUAGCUCAUGGAAUAAAUGCACACACACUAUCAGAGAGGCCAGAGAGAGCUCAAAACUCAGUCCCUACCAGUUUGAAUAGAUUAAAACUAUUGCAAAACUACAGCCUGACAUUUCUGAACUCCACUAAAUUUUCGAAGUGCAUGUCACCUGUUUAACAAUACAGUUUUCAAACAGGCUGUGUCUCAAACAUCCCCAGCAAGAUGUGUUUUGUUUAUACAAAAACAGCAAGAUCCAAUGUGGACUCUUCCUUAGCUCUGCUGUAGUUCCUAAAGGAAAGGGACCGAGCUUCCCAACUGGAUUAAGCAUAACAUCUAAAAAUUGUUGCAUUCUUGGAGGGGCUGCAUUUCUAAUGGGA